AUGGAUUGUUUAAUUGCCUAUAAGUUUAUGAUUCCUGCAGGUGCAUAUGUCGAUCAUGAUAGUAUGAAAGAAUACCCAACUCAUGCAUGUGCAGAGGCAUCAUUUGACGUUGAAGCUCCAAGAGAAAAAUCGGAAAAUACGCCACUUUAUAUUUGUUCAAAACGAGGAUUAAGAAAAAAUUUUGUUCACAGAGAGCAUUUUGAAUUACCAAUACAUUUACGUUAUCAUGCUGCCACCGGAGAAGAUGCUGUAGUUACAGUGCAAGCCCCACAGCUACUUCUGAGAUGCAUGGAAAAUUCCACUUUUCUGACCAGUCACUGCAAAAAAUAUUCAGUUAAAGCGCCUUGUGAUUGUUUAAACGAAUCAUACUGCGAAUGGUUGAUGAUACCGUUAUUAGAGUAUAACACAGUACAAUUCAAAGUACCAACUGGAAAUGCAUCUUCAUUAAAAUUUGUUUUAUUCAUUACUAUUUUCGUUGUUAUUUGCUGUGCUAUAACAAUAGUUAUUGCUACAAUGAAAAAUGUUGUCAAAGUAAAAGUCAAGUAA